AGCCGUUUUGGCGCACACCCUUAGCUUUAGUCAGGCUGGGCCAAGGGCGCAUCUCGGCUCACUCCGUCGAGAGCAGUGGUGCACUCAGUCGGCCAGCCAUGCCGGCCAACUCCGAGAAGGAACACCUGUCCAUCGUGAUCUGCGGCCACGUCGACAGUGGCAAGAGCACCACCACGGGCCGCCUCAUUUUCGAGCUGGGCGGGCUGCCCGAGCGCGAGCUCGAGAAGCUGAAGGCGGAGGCCGAGCGCCUGGGCAAGGGCUCCUUCGCCUUCGCGUUCUACAUGGACCGCCAGAAGGAAGAGCGCGAGCGCGGCGUGACCAUCGCUUGCACCACCAAGGAGUUCUACACCGAGAAGUGGCACUACACCGUCAUCGAUGCCCCAGGCCAUCGCGACUUCAUCAAGAACAUGAUCACAGGGGCUUCUCAGGCGGACGUUGCGCUCAUCAUGGUCCCGGCCGACGGUAACUUCACGACCGCCAUCGCCAAAGGCAACCACAAGGCUGGCGAGAUCCAGGGGCAGACUCGCCAGCAUUCCCGCCUGAUCAAUUUGCUUGGCGUGAAGCAGAUCUGCAUUGGCGUCAACAAGAUGGACUGCGACACUGCUGGAUACAAGCAGUCCCGCUACGACGAGAUCGCCAACGAGAUGAAGAGCAUGCUGGUCAAGGUCGGGUGGAAGAAGGACUUCGUCGAGAAAGGUACGCCUGUAAUGCCUAUCUCUGGCUGGAUGGGCGACAACCUGCUGAAGAAGUCCGACAACAUGGGCUGGUGGAAGGGCUGCGACGUCGAGUACGGCAAGGAGACCAUCCACGUGGACACCGUGUACGACGUGCUUGACGUCAUGUGCCGCGUACCAGAGAGGCCCACCAGCGCCCCAAUGCGCAUGCCGAUCUCCGGCAUCUACAAGAUCAAGGGUGUCGGCGAUGUGCUCGCCGGGCGUGUGGAGCAGGGCGUCGUGAAGCCAGGCGAGGAGGUCGUGUUCUUGCCCACGCAUACCGCUUCGAACCCGUGCACGGGCAAGGUGUUCACCGUGGAGAUGCACCACCAGCGCGUCGACUUCGCCAACCCUGGUGACAACGUGGGCCUCAACAUCAAGGGCCUGGACAAGAACAACAUGCCCCGCUCGGGCGACGUGAUGGUGUACAAGAAGGACACCACCCUGGGUCAGACGAAGGAGUUCGACGCGCAGAUCCAGGUGCUGGACAUCCCCAACGAGAUCAAGGUCGGCUACUCCCCGAUCGGCUUCGUGCGCUGCGGGCGCGCGGCGUGCCGCAUCAGCAAGCUGAAGUGGAAGAUGGGUAAGGAGACGGGCGGCAAGAAGAUGGAGGAUCCCCACUCGCUCAAGUCCAACGAGAUGGCUCAGUGCAGCUUCCAGCCGCAGCAGCCGCUCGUGUGCGACACCUUCAAGAACUGCGAGGGCCUGUCGCGCGUGGCUUUCAUGGACGGCAACGGUGUUGUGAUGCUCGGCAAGGUCAUCUCCUGCGAGCGCAAGGAGGAGGGCGGUGCCGGCGGCAAGAAGAAGUGAGCGCAUCCUGUGGACGGGUGCCAUCAUUUUUGGACCCACUCGGAGUGACGAGGAGGGGUGAGGGAGCUGGAUGUGCGUGUGUAGGAGCUGCAGGAGGUGCAAGGAGAGGAGGAGGAGGCGGAGCCACUGGUAUUUUCCAAUAAGCUGGCUCGCCUAGGCCAUACAAGGAGUGCUUGCCGUAGGCCGCAGCUGCGUAGGUGCGCCGGGAUCUGGAGUGCCCUGGUGUGUGUUUGUCCGGGCGCUACGAGACCGAGUGUCGGACUCUCGUAAAGGUUUCGCACGGCCGUGUCGCUUGCCGCCCUGUCCGUCCAGCACCGACUCCACGAUGCCAGACGGCGGCUCAGGCCGCGUACUACGUGGCCGCCAGCAACAA